CUCAAAAGUAGAUAAGGAUAAGUGAUUGUAAACAGGAUUUCCCAUUUCUACAAUUAUUUUAUCAAUUUUUGAGGCUUUUGGAAAAUCCUUGAACAAAAUCUGCAGUUCAGGCAAGCAUGUCAUAUUUGACAGGAAACAGUUGACAUUGAAACUGAUGAUCUGAUGAUGUUCUGUUCCUGCCGUUCUUACUCAUAUGCAGUUUAUAAUAAUUUCGAGUAAUCUUUGCGUCAUUACUAAUACGGGUGAAGAGCCUUCGGAAUAAGUGCGAGUGUAAUUUUUGUGAAACGGAGUUGUAUAGUUUAAACCACUACACCUCAUUUCCGGAAGUGUGGUUACAGUAUUCCAGUACUUCACAGACCUACAUUGUUAGCAUUCUAUAUUUGUGGAUAAUAAACAAUUGGUUAACUGUAGUAUAGAAUAACCAAAAACAUGGCACAAGGUACUACUCUACAAAAAGCCAUUGAGCUGGUAACCAAGGCUACUGAAGAAGAUAGAAACAAGAAUUAUGAGGAAGCUCUAAAGUUGUAUGAACAUAGUGUUGAGUACUUUUUACAUGCAAUCAAAUAUGAAGCACAAGGUGAAAAGGCAAAAGAAAGUAUUAGAGCAAAGUGUUGUCAAUACUUGGAGAGAGCAGAGAAAAUAAAGGAAUCCCUUAAAAAGGGCAAGAAGAAGCCAGUUAAAGAUGGAGAACAAGAUUCAAAGGAUGAUAAAAAGAGUGACAGUGACAGUGAUAGUGAUGACCCUGAGAAGAAAAAAAUGAAGGCUAAACUAGAGGGUGCAAUUGUAAUAGAAAAGCCCAAGGUGAAAUGGUCUGAUGUAGCAGGUUUAGAUGCAGCAAAGGAAGCUUUAAAAGAAGCCGUCAUUCUGCCAAUUAAGUUCCCACACUUAUUCACAGGAAAACGAAUUCCAUGGAAGGGAAUUCUCCUGUUUGGACCCCCCGGAACAGGCAAAUCUUACUUGGCAAAAGCAGUUGCCACUGAAGCAAACAAUUCAACUUUCUUCUCAGUUUCGUCAUCUGAUCUUGUCUCGAAAUGGUUGGGCGAGUCUGAGAAACUCGUACGUAAUUUAUUUGAGCUCGCACGCGCACAUAAGCCUAGCAUCAUCUUUAUCGAUGAAGUCGAUUCGCUUUGCUCUUCGCGUUCGGAGAACGAAUCCGAAUCGGCAAGACGCAUCAAGACAGAGUUUCUUGUUCAAAUGCAAGGCGUCGGCAAUGAUACUGAGGGCAUUCUAGUUUUGGGUGCCACUAAUAUUCCCUGGGUGUUAGAUGCAGCUAUUCGUCGACGUUUCGAGAAACGUAUUUAUAUUCCGCUACCGGAAGAACACGCCCGACUUGUUAUGUUUAAGCUGCAUUUAGGAAACACUUCUACUGAGUUAAGUGAGGAUGAUUUGAAAGAAUUGGCGAAGAAUACUGAUGGAUAUUCUGGUGCUGAUAUUGGUAUAGUUGUAAGAGAUGCCUUAAUGCAACCUGUACGCAAAGUGCAAACUGCAACCCAUUUCAAGCGUGUUCGAGGACCGAGUCCAGGAAAUCCGGACGUGAUAGUUGAUGAUUUGCUAACGCCCUGCUCGCCUGGCGAACCAGGCGCUAUCGAAAUGACCUGGAUGGAUGUAGCAGGCGAUAAACUUUUAGAACCACCAGUUACUAAGAGGGACGUCCUUAGAUCCUUGUCUACAUCUAAACCGACCGUAAACGAAGAGGAUCUUGAUAAAUUGCGAAAGUUUACCGAAGAUUUCGGCCAGGAGGGUUAAUUUUAAGAAAAUGCCUAUCGUGUUUUAUUGUUAUUAUGUAUUGCGAAACGAAAAAACAGUUUACACCAAUCUGAUGCCUACGAAAUGGGUUUCGAGAUUAAAUAUUUUAUGAGUGCGAGUGGAGUAAAGAGUUACGAAAGAUGCGAAAUACAAAUAUAUUUUUUCUGUAUUAAUGACACUAAAGAUGCAUGCAUAGUUUAUUUUUAGAUAUUCGCUAACUUAGCCUACUUUAAGAAUUAUUAUUAUCAUUUGUAAAUGUGUACGCAUCAAAUGGUCCGAAUCUGCACUCUGCAUACUUUGCUUUUUUAAUUAAUAUAUUAUUGAAAACAUACAAUAA